AGAGCUCUCCAACACCCAUGCGGGUCACCACCUGCUGCUGCGAAAGGGUCCCUAGCAACAGCAGAAGUAAAUAGCUCUGUGGGGUUGGCAGGCUGGGGCCAGAUGGGACAAGAUCCUAUUAAUGUGUCCCAAAAAUUCCCUGGCCGCUCUCCCUCAGUGAUGAUAGAGGGGGCAAGGGUCAGCAAUGAGGGCGGUGAGAGUGGUGCCAAUAAGGCAAAGUUCCAUUCGGUUUUGCAACAAGGUCAAGGGUUCUUUCCACUCAGGAGCCCACUGACAAAAGAUCCUCCACCUAUCCCCACUAUUAGAUCAGGGAUAAAGAUGGAGGUGCCCCCAGUAAAUGUGAAAAUGGCUGGCAAUGAAAAGAUGGCUCAAGCUGCUUUCCCACUGGGAGGCCCAUGGAACCCCAUGAAUAAUUGCCCAAGGCCUAUCAUCAUGCCUGCUAAUGUUGCACCUGUAGGUUGGUUCCCUAAUGGUCCUUGCUUCGUACCACCUGGACCUCCGAGUUCCCGCCCAUUACUCGAUUUACCUUUGUCUUUCCCUCCUCGCCCAAUGCUCCGUCCCCCACUGCUUCCCUAUUUUGGCAAUUUCCCUUCUAGUGAACUGCCACCUACUCCAUUCUUAAACAGAGAGAAGAAAUCAUAA